AAAAGUGAUGGGGUGCCCCUUCAAACUUAAAGCAGCCUGUGUUUCCAGGGAAGGCUUCCUGGAGGAGGAGUAGAUGGGAUGGAAGAGGGUAGAAUGGAUACAAAGACCAAGUCAGGGGCAUUUGCCUGCCUCCCCACAUCCUCUGGAGAGUUGGGUAGUACUUCCUGUGAUUGAAUCUCAGUCUUUCCUGCUGCUCCUGAGGUGGAGCCUGACCUUGUUGCUCAAGGUUAGGUGAAUCUCCAGAGCCCCCGGCACCCAGUAAACACUCAGAGGGGGCCAGAAAGAACCAGACCCUUACAUGCACCCAAACCAAGGCGGAGAGGAAGGGCCUUGGGCUCAGAGAGGAUGUUGGAUCUCUGGGUUUCUAAUUCCACUUUUACUUCCCAGGGUAACGCUCCCUAGGCCCCCAACCCCCUCCCCGGCAUCAUGCAUCGGACCACACGGAUCAAAAUCACGGAGCUGAACCCUCACCUCAUGUGUGCCCUCUGCGGGGGGUACUUCAUCGAUGCUACGACCAUUGUAGAGUGCUUGCAUUCCUUCUGCAAAACCUGCAUCGUGCGCUACCUGGAGACCAACAAGUACUGCCCCAUGUGUGAUGUGCAGGUCCAUAAAACCCGGCCGCUGCUGAGCAUCAGAUCUGACAAAACCCUCCAAGACAUCGUCUACAAAUUGGUCCCUGGGCUUUUUAAAGAUGAGAUGAAACGGCGGCGGGAUUUCUAUGCAGCGUACCCCCUGACGGAAGUCCCCAAUGGCUCCAACGAGGACCGUGGUGAGGUCCUGGAGCAGGAGAAGGGGGCUCUGAGUGAUGAUGAGAUUGUCAGCCUCUCUAUCGAGUUCUACGAAGCUGUCAGGGACCGGGAGGAGAAGAAGGGCCCCCUGGAGAAUGGGGAUGGGGACAAGGAGAAGACAGGGGUGCGCUUCCUGCGAUGCCCAGCAGCCAUGACCGUCAUGCAUCUGGCCAAGUUUCUUCGCAACAAGAUGGAUGUGCCCAGCAAGUACAAGGUGGAGGUUUUGUACGAGGACGAGCCACUGAAGGAAUACUACACCCUCAUGGACAUCGCCUACAUCUACCCCUGGCGGCGGAACGGUCCUCUCCCUCUCAAGUACCGGGUCCAGCCAGCCUGCAAGCGGCUCACCUUGCCUACAGCACCCACCCCCUCUGAGGGCACCAACACCAGUGGGGCGUCAGAGUGUGAGUCAGUCAGCGACAAGGCUCCCAGCCCUGCCACCUUGCCGGCCACCUCCUCCUCCCUGCCCAGCCCAGCCACACCCUCCCAUGGCUCUCCUAGCUCCCAUGGGCCUCCGGCCACCCACCCUACCUCCCCUACUCCCCCUUCAGCAGCCAGUGGGGUCACCACAGCUACCAACGGGGGCGCCUCGAACUGCCUGCAGACACCAUCCUCCACCAGCAGGGGGCGCAAGAUGACUGUCAAUGGAGCUCCUGUGCCCCCCUUAACUUGAGGAAAGGGACCUUCCCCCUCCUUUUCCAGCCAUGCCUCUCCACCCCUCCACUUUUUCUGGGCUCCUUUUUCCACCUCUUCUACUUUUCCCAGCUCCUCCCACC